GAGAAGGGUGGAUCGUCAGUCGAGGCAGGGCAGGUGGAAGGAAACGGGAGGCAAGAGAGACAGGCCUGACACCACCGGCACCCACGGACCCAGGCAAGACUGCGGGCACACGGUGACACGGCAGGGCAGCGUGCACGGAUCGCCAGCGGUUCCGGCGAAAGCAGCUUGCGUGCCUCUCUAGCGUCACAUGGGCGAGACUAGCGCCGCUUUCGGGCCUGAUCGUCUUUGCGCGAUCGCAAAAUUAGGGCCCCAUGCCACACCAAACCGCUGUGGCUAUCGCAGGCGCAGCGCUCCACCCCAACAAUAACAACGCAUGUCCAGACCUUUCUAUACCGUUAAAGAUCAAUCUACUCUCUUUACCGUGUCUUCCUUCCAUUGUUUCGCCCAUCUCCAUGGUGAGACACGUUCGUGCUCCGGCUUUCGGCAGACUGCACCUUGCCGCCUCCGAAACAUCGAGGUCAUUCCAUCCGACAGGUCAGCGAAGCCGCCAACGCUUAGACCCGUUCCAUGGCGCUACCGUAGUCGCUCGCUCCAGCCUUCACCCUCCUCACCGCUCCCCGUCGCUGGCGCGAGCGCUCUCUCCGCCGUCCAUGCACGCCGGGGAGGUCAUGUUCCUCGUUGACGCUCGCUCUGCUCCAGACCAUGCCAAUCAUUUCUCUUCCUCAUGUCUUCGCACAGCUCCGCGUUCUCUGCAGCUCAGACGUGGAGAAACAGAGUGCUCACGGCCUUUGCGCCCACACUAGCGCGCUGCUGCGGACACACCGUAAGCAGCCUUUCCGUCAUCGCGACUCUAACCAAUGCGCACCAAUUGGAGGCUGUGUUGUACCUGCAGAUUGACACAGCUCAUGCUUCUAUGCUCGCUGCAGGUCAGGCCCGAACACUACUCC